AUGUACUUCUCCAACGUCGUCAUCGGCCUCCUCACAGCCCAGGCCUUGUCCAAGGGUGCUCAGCCAGGAGCUGCUGUGGGCAAAUACGCGACCUUGAUGGCUGCUGCAGCCCUGCCCGUGAGCGGUCUUCCACUCUUUGGCAGUCUCGAAGUUCGGGAGCCUCAUCAUCAGGGAAACCAAGGCAACCAAGCCAAUCAAGGCAACCAGGGCAACCAAGGUGGUCAGAACGCCAACGCCAAUGCCGAUGCGGUUGCCGGAUGCAACAGCAAGAGAGACGAAGACCUUGUCCGUCGGCAUCACCAGGGAAACCAAGGCAAUUCAAACGGUGCCAACGGCCAAUCCGCUGCUGGCGCUGGAAAUGCCAAUGCCUGUGGCAACGACAAUGCCAAUGCAGCUGGUAACGCCAACGGCAACUCGGGUGGCAAUGCCAAUGGGAACGCUGCUUCGGGUGCUGGCAAUGCCGCGGCCGGAGGCAAUAAUGGUAACGCUGCUGGCAAUGCUAACGGUAACGCUAAUGGCAAUGCCGCUGCUGAUGCUACUGGAAACACCGCUGGUGGUAAUGCUGGUAACGCUGGUAACGCUGGUAACGCUGGUAACGCUGGCAAUGCCUGCAACAACAAGAGAGGCAUCAUGGGGCUUUUUGCUAGACACCAUCAAGGAGGCAAGGCCAACGCUGCUGGCUGUAACUGA